UUUCUGGCAGAUAUGGAAAAUAAUGCACUCUUUAGAGAUGACAUUGAAUGUCAAAAACUUAUUAUGGAAGCAAUGAAGUACCAUCUGUUGCCAGAGAGACGACCUAUGUUGCAAAGUCCUCGCACCAAACCUAGAAAAUCUACAGUGGGCGUGUUGUUUGCAGUUGGAGGAAUGGAUGCAACAAAAGGAGCUACAAGUAUUGAAAAGUACGAACUUCGUACCAAUGUGUGGACUCCUGUUGCAAACAUGAAUGGACGAAGAUUACAGUUUGGAGUUGCAGUCUUGGAUGAUAAAUUGUAUGUUGUUGGUGGCAGAGAUGGACUGAAAACAUUAAAUACUGUGGAGUGCUACAACCCUAGAAUGAAAACUUGGACUGUAAUGCCACCUAUGUCUACUCAUCGUCAUGGUCUUGGAGUAGCUGUAUUGGAAGGUCCCAUGUAUGCUGUAGGAGGACAUGAUGGCUGGAGCUACCUGAACACUGUAGAAAGAUGGGAUCCACAGGCUCGUCAGUGGAACUUUGUAGCUAGUAUGUCAACUCCGAGGAGCACUGUUGGUGUAGCAAUAUUAAAUGGAAA